AUAGACAUAGUCAUAGACAGCAAGCACGGCUCACUCGCUCGAGGCUCGCUUGAACGCCGGUUGAACUCCAACACUUUACUGCGUCAGACCCCGCUAUAUGAUGUCAUGUGUAAAGCAUAACGAGCAAUGUAAGUAGGCUAGCAGGCCUUGAGAAGGCUUCACAUUGGUUGAGUUGGUUCGAGCCUAAACGAGUGAACGCAUAUGUUAGUAUGAUGUGCUUUAUCUGGGUGUCGCGCCAAGCAACCGGCAUAUGGAGGCUGUGACACGGCCACCGCGGCGGGUUGUGUGGGUGGCGUGUACAGGGCUGGCCACUGCCGCUGCCACGCGCUGCUCGCAAGCCCGGGGACUGCGAGGUAGCUCAAGGCGUGAGCAGCGUGCAUAGGCGCGGUUGUGGCUGCGACGGUGCCUGUGCCAAGCAGCCGCGGGGGGGGUAUGGCGACGAGACAGCACUGGCGUAGGACUUGGUGUACGAGAUUGGGUUCCCGGGCGGCGGUGGCGCGGGUGGGUGCAAUGGCGGCGCUGCGGCGGCGCUGCGGCGGCGCUGCGGCGGUGGCCUCCCAUGGGCCACGGCUGCCGUCGUCGCCAGCGCUCACGCUGGACCCGCGCUGCCCCCCGCCGGCGGCUCCUCAGCGGCAUGAAUAAGCCCAGGCUACAGGAGUGCCCCAAGGCCUGAGGGCAUCUACAGCUUUCAUUGGCCACGUGAGCGGCACCCCCCCCCGGCGCGCAGGUGAUCCGCCUGCGCCGCAACGGCGUCACUGACUUUUGGAAUUGUGACAUCGGCGCCCACCCCGUACAUUUCGGGCAGUACACGGACUUGAAGAGAGCUUGACUUAGCGCAACGUGCCGGUCAUCCGCCUGGAUCUGAACGGAGGCUGGUAAAGGACCCGUGAAGGACCCGUGAAGGACCCGUGAUCAAGGUCCGGACCCGUGAUCAAGGUCAGACAAGCGGCCGCUGGACUCGCGGCAAUAAAGCUUCGUUUGCAAACCCUGUAGACAUUGGACACCACAGCCAUGGCAAGCACUGGACACCCACGCGGAGUGGUGCUGCUGCUCGGGCCACCUGGUUCCGGCAAAUCCACCCUGGGUCGGUUCAUGGCCCGGCAGGCUGCAGGUGGCAGUAGCAGUAGCAGUAGCAGCAGUAGCACUUCCAUCAGCUUCCUGUCGCUGGGCGAUGAGCUGCGCGCGCGGGGCCUGGUAGCGGCGCAGGAGGCGCAGCCCACGGCGGCCGGCGGCCGGCGACUGCGGCAGGUUGCGGAAGAGCUGCUGCGGCGCGCCUGUUGCGGCGAGGGGGUGAUAGUGACAACAGCAGCAGCAGCAGCAGCAGCAGCAGCAGUAGCAGCAGUAGCAGCAGUAGCAGCAGGCCCGCAGCGGGCAGGAGAGGUGCCCAGCAGCCGGCGGCUGCUGCUGCUGCUGGAGGGCGUCAAGGAGCUGGGCGACGCGCACAUGUUGCUGCGGGUGCUCCACGAGUGCGGGGUGGCGCUGCAACAGGUCCUUUUCAUCCCCGGCGGCGCGCUGAAUGGAUGGCUCUGGCAGUCUCAUGUACGGGCCGAGUUGCAGCAGCAGCAGAGCUCGGCGCAGCGGGACAAGGAGCGCCGCGUGGCGGAGCGGCAGGCCAAGUGGGAGGCCAACGUGGGCCGCCUGCUGGAGCUGUUCUCGUCUAUGGGCGUGCUGUCGGAGCUCAGCGUCGCAUCAACUGCAGCAGCCCCUAGCCUGGCGGCGCUGGGCUACGCAGCGGGGCCGUCCUUUGCUGUGCCCAAGCCCCCGCCGGCUCCACAGCAUAGCGGGCUGUUUGGCCAGAGGCGAAGCGCUUACGUCACUGCUUCCAGGGGCGUGCUCACCCCCGCACCACCCACGCCGGCCACGCCGCCCCCCGCUUGGCUGGCGGCGGCAUCUCCCCUGCAGCUGCCCAGCGGCCUGGCGGUCACGCCCAUCGAAUGCGUGACGUCGCGGCGACUGGUUGCGGACCCGUUGGAGCUGGACGCGGUCAUGGCGGCGGCGGCGAGCCUGUCGGGACUGGGCCGCCUGUUCAGCUGCAGCAGGGAGGCGAAUGGAGCAGCAGCGGCAGCAGCAGGCGACGCGCCGCUGGCAGCGCCGGUGCCGAGCAACAUGGUGUGCUCCAGCGCCGACGCGGCGUGGCUGGCGCGUCCGGGGCGCUACACCGUGAGCCGCAAGUGCGACGGCACACGGUAUUUGCUGCUGCUGCUGCUAUCGGCUGGCGACAGUGGGGUAGCAAGCGGCGGGGGCGGUGCCGAUGCAGCAACGGCAGCCCGAGCGUAUCUGCUCAACCGCGCCAAGACCAUGUAUAAGUUCCCCGUCGCCCUGGCUACUGCGCCGUCCGCUGCAGCAGCAGCAACAGCAGCAGCAGCAGCAGCAGCAAGCAGCGGCAAUGGCAGCGGCAGUGCAGCAGCUAUGGCGGGGGCUGCAGCAGGGCUUGCGGUGGAUCAUGAUGGCGACAGUCCGCCGCCCCCCGUACCACCCUCCGCUGGCGGCACCGUGCUGGAUGGGGAGCUGGUGUGGAUGCACGGCCGCGGCUUCUUCCUGGCCUUUGACGCGCUGUGUGUGGGCGGCUGCCGUCUGUGGCACCUGCCGCUGCAGCAGCGGCUGCUGGCGUUGGAGGGCCUGGGUCUGAAGGAGGCGGAGGAAAGCCCCGAGCUGUGUGAGGCAGCGGCAGCGGCAAGGUCUGCGGCGGCGACGAUGACGAAGGCAGCGGCGACGCCAUCUAGCAGCAGCAGCAGCAGAAGCAGCGGCAUCAGGGAAGGGAUGGGCUUGACGGCGUCGUCGUCGCGGCAGCUGUACAAGAAGCAGCAGGCCCCGCCGCCCGGCGCCGACACAAUUACGCUGCUGCGCAAGCGGCACUUGCGCGUCAGCCCUGCGACGGUGCGGCUGCUGGGCGCUGGCGGCUGCUGUCCGUACCCCACUGACGGCCUCGUGUUCACGCCCUGCGACAUGCCAUACCAGCUGGGCAUGCCCGAGCUGCUGUACAAGUGGCAGCCGCCGGACGCUGUCGGGAAGGACCUGACAGCAGCCGAGGUAGGGGAGCAGCAGCAGCGGAGUUUUACGUGUACUGAACUGCUGCCCGGGCUGGUGUACGAGUGUCUGCCUCAAGUACGACGCACCGGCGGCCUUGUGGCUUACCAGCCGGCCUCCGUUCGCUGGGACAAGGUGCGCGGCAACGACCGCACCGCGGCGGAACAGCUUUCAGCAGCGGCCGCCGGCGGGUGUGGGCCUGGCAGUUGCGAGGAGCUGGCGGCAUGGAUGCAGCAGCAGCAGCAGCAGCAGCAGCAGGUUGCCACCUUUGCCGCCGCGAGGGUUGGCGCGGCUGCUCCUGCGGCGGUGGAGGCCGCUGCAGUGCCGCUGCCGCGGCACCCUGCCCGCACGCAGCGCUUUGCGGAUGUGCACAGCCAGGUGCUUGAGCAGGUGGCGGCGGGGGUGGUGGAGCGCUGGGAGGACCCGGCGGGCUCGGGCCUGGAGGUGUACAGCUACAGGCAGAACCGCGAGGCCGCAACUGCCGGCCCAGUCGCCGCCAUGUGCCGUGGCCUCAUACUCCACCCGCCGUCGGAGUCCGUCGUGGCCACGCCGUUUGCGAGAUUUGGCGACGCGCAGCCCGAUGACCUGGCAGCAUCGGUAUCGGCGGCAGCGUCGGGCGUCGGCCCCUGCAUGGUGUGCGGCUGCUCAUCGGAGCGGGACGAGCACGGCGACCGCAUCUGCUACUGCGACGCGUGCAAGCAGCGCGGCUGCCAGUCGUCAGCACCGGUGCUUCCAGUCGUCGGCAGCGGUGCUGCCAGUCGUCAGCAGCGGCGCUUCCAGUCGUCAGCCGCGGUGCUUCGGCCGUCAGCUGGCGGCUGGCGGCUGCCAGCGCUCCGGGCGACACUGCUGCCGCCGGACUGCCGCCAGACCGACAGCAGCAGAGGUACGGGUGCUGCUGCUUGGUGCCCGGCGGCAAACGUACCUGCCGCGGCCAGCGUCAAGGUGGACGGAUCCAUGGUGGUGGCGUUCGUGUGGGCGGGGCAGCUGCGCACCGCCACACGGCGCCGCAUGGACUCGGAGCAGGCGCUGUGGGCGUCCGAGUGGCUGCGCGCCCACGCCGAGGUCAGCGCUUUCCGGCCCGGAUGGACGUACGUCAUGGAGGCGGUGUACGGCAACAACACGCACGUGGUGCCGUACGGCUUUGAGGGGCUGGUGCUGCUCAGCGCCGUGCAGCCGGAUGGUGCCGAGCUGCCGCUGGAGGCACUGGCGGCCCUGGCGGCGGAACUGCGGCUCACGUGUGCGGCGCCGUACCUGGUGGGUGAACUGGACGAGCUCCUUACGCAGCUGCCCGGCUUCAAGCGGGUGCGGCUGCCACUGGCUCCUGAGGCUGCUGGCGGAGAGUCAACACCGACUCCGGCGCCUGUGCCAGCGCCAGCGUCCUUUGAGGGCUGGGUCUUGUCCGCGCCCUACCACGGCCAUGACAGCGCCAGCGCCGACUGCGCCAGCGCCAGGGGCACCAGCGGCUUUCCGACACCGGCCGAGGCGCCGCCGCCACAACGGUACAAACUGGUGCAGGCCGCCUACAAGCGCAUUGCCUGGGCGGGCCGGAUGCUGCACCCGCUGUGUGUGUGGGACAAAAUUGCCUUUGGCGGCGCCUCAAGGGGCUCGCUGGCCGCCGGCUUGCCGCGCCACUAUCGUGCCGAGCUGGCCGCAAUGCUGGAGACCAUAGGAGGCGGCUAUGCCGCUGCGCGGGGCGAGGCGCUGCGGGUGCUGCGCCAGGCGGCGCGCGCCGGGCGGCUGUCAGAUCUGCGCGCUCUCGCGGUGCGGUUGGGUGGUGAUGACGAGGCUGGCGGUGCCGGCGCGGCUAGCGGCGCCGCGGCUGCAGCAGGUGGCGGCGCCACUACUACGGGCACAGAUGAGGAGCUCUCAGCGCUGAUGGCGGUGCUAAACCUGGAGGCAGAGCAGGGGGCAGUAGCACCAGGCAGUGAUGGCGCCGCCGCCGCUGCUUCUGCUGCUGCUGCUGCCGCUGCUUCUGCUUCUGCUGCAGGGGCGGCCUCGGACGCCUCAACUGCAGAGAUGGUAGCCGGUCCCGCGGUGGCGAAUGAUGGUGUUGACAUCGGCACGCAGCAGCAGCUCCACGGUAGACCCACCUUCUGGCGUGCCGUGGCCUACGCCGCCGCCCGCUGUGGCGCCAGCGACUGGACGACUGCUGCUCGCGCUGACGCAGCCUGCCGCCUGCUGGCACCGAGCAUGUACUACGACCCGGACGCCGCCAGCCUCGGCGCGCCCAGCCUGCGGCGCCUGCUGCUGGAGUGUGUGCAGCCGGCGGCCGAUGGCCGGCUGGCUGGCUACACGCCCUCACCCACCUUCGCGCAGACCAAGGCCAAGGGUUGGGCGGGCGGCCCGGCAGUGGGCCGGCUGGCGCCGUGCGCCCCUCCGCUCCUGCACGAGGUGCUGCUGGACCCAUAUCUGGAGGCGUGCCUGGCGCCACUGCAGGGCCGGGACCUGGUGGCGGCGCUGACUGUGUGCCGCAAGUGGGCAGACGUCCUGCGUGCGGCGCCGGCGCCAGGAGACCUGGCGCCGCGGCUGGCAGCGGGCCGGGCGGAGGCGGAGGCGGAGGCGCAGCGGAAGGAGGCCGAGGCGCGGCGGGCUAGGCAGGCGUGGCGGCUGGAAUUGGACUUCAGCGACGCGUUCAGACGGCGCUACAACGACUACGACUCCGAUCGCUCGUAUGGAUCGUACUGAGCGCGUGUGGGGGUAAAACAGGAAUUGCAAUGAUGCGGCCAGGAUUGCAACGGUUGUCGCCGUGUCAUGAUAUCGUGCUGACCAGAUUGAACCGGUAUUCGAAGUUUGCACGUAAGUCAACAUAUGCAUACAUGUUCUCGCAGCGGACCCUGUCCGCCUUCCGGUUGGAUGCAGUUGGAUGCCGUGCGCCACGCACACCUGGCAGGCACGCCCGACUGCAGUACGCUAUCGUGCGUGCCACAGCCCGCGCAGCGCUUGAGUAGGAUUGCGUGGGCAGGCUGAGCUUGGGCAGGCUGAGCCGGGGCGUUGAAUGUGUUCAAGUUGUCUAUACAGCCGCGACGGGCACAUGUUUAGACGGAAGAUACGUCUGCAGUUUAGACGGAAGAUACGAGCACUGAAUAUCAGCCCCCCGCCCCAUCGAGGCCCCGUGCUGCCAUGUCUGAUAUGCUUAGACUCGAGUGUGUUUACACGCCUGGGAUUGCU